UGCAAUCAAAACACAAGCUAGCUCUUCCCAUUUUCUUUCUCAUUUUCCCUCUCUCCAAACACUAGCUGACAGAUUAUGAAUCCUAUUGCCGCCACAAAAUUUUCUGGGCUGCUUCUACGGCAGCUGGGUACGCUUGGGUCCGAGAUUUCGAGGCCACUGGGAAUGCAGUGGGUGAUGAUGAGGAUCUCCAUGGUGGAAGGAAGGAACCUCAGCACCCUGGCUCUCGGUGCAGCUAAGGAGGUCGCCGGCAAGAGGGGCGGCGGCGAUGAGAAGCCUAUCGUGAGCUACUGGGGGGUUGCUCCGCCUGAGCUUACCAACGAGGAUGGGUCCCCGUGGAAGUGGAAUUGUUUCAGGCCAUGGGAAGCAUACAAAGCAGACAUGAGCAUUGACGUGAAUAAGCACCACCAGCCAUCCAAUCUGAAGGACAAAUUUGCCUGCUGGACUGUCCAUGCUCUCAAAUACCCUACUCACCUCUUCUUUCAGGUAUUUAUUUCAAACAUCAAUUCAAAUACCCUCCUCACCUACGGGGCCUCCCCCAAGCUCGCCCACCUCAUCGUCGGUUACCUGGAGGAGGAGGCCGUCAAAUCCUACUCCGAGUUCCUCCUCGACCUGGAAAGCGGCGCGUUUGAGAACUUGCCGGCGCCGGCGAUCGCCAUCGGCUACUGGCGGAUGCCGCCGGACUCCACGCUCCGGGACGUCAUCACCGUCAUUCGGGCCGACGAGGCGCACCACCGUGACGUCAACCACUUCGCAUCUGACAUUCAAUGCCAAGGAAUGGAGCUGAAGGACUACCCGGCGCCGCUUGGCUAUCACUAGCAAUGAAAUGAAAUGAAUCUCCAAAAUCUGGUGUCAUUUGUCACCUAAUUAUUCAAUUCAUUUAAAUAUUGCUUCUUGUUGCUUUGCGGCUUGCACCCUCCCGUACAAUGAAUGAGUUGAGUUA